CUUACUACUAGUGGAAGUUACACCUAACCACGACUGAAUCAUUCUCAGAAAGUUAUAAUUAUAUAGUCUAUUAUGCAUGGAUAAGAUCCUAUAAAUCUUCAACUUUAAUUAACUCAAUGAAGACUGCUACUUUCAGUGUGCUGAUUACUCUCAGUGCAUUGCUCCCUCUACUGACUGCUCAGGGAGUGGACUUGACCUUGCAAAGAGAAGCAUCUGGGUCCGAUGUUGUCAGAGCAGCAGUGAAUAGAAUCCAAACUGUGCUUGAUUUUGAUCGACAACUUCUCAGGCGAAUUGCUUUUGUUGAAUCGAGAGAUGGAACUGACACGGAUACGUAUCGACCUGGCUACAAUGGAGGCAUAUGGCAGGUGGAUGAAGAUAAGUUUUUAACCACUCAAGCAAAUAGUGCACUGAAUGUUGAGAGACAUGACGCCAUAAGAGAGGCGUUUGACAUUGAUUGGCCAAGUGUGCAGUGGAGGGAUUUGAGGAUUCCCCUCUAUUCGGGAAUAGCAGCGAGACUGUUUCUUUUGAACAUUUCUGAUACGGAACCUAUUCCGUGUGAUAUACCAGGACAGGCUGCUUACUACAACCGAGUCUACUGUGGCUUGACAUGUAACGAAACAGAGCAGCACUUUGUCGAAAGUGUUAACAUAAUCUCGGCAAACAGAAACUUUAAUAGCGACAUUGUGAUGGUCUUGGAUGAAUCUGGCAAUAUUGGGAAGACCAACUUUAACCUGGUGAAACAAUUUGCUGCACAGUAUGUGGGUAGUUUGCAAAUCGGACCGAAUGACAAUCGAGUAGGUGUGAUCACAUUUGGCAGUCAUGCCCGGGAGCAAUUUAGUCUAGACACCCACAGCAACGCUACAUCCUUGAGAAAUGCUGUAACAGAUCUUCCUCAUGCUGGAGGAAACAUCAACAUACAAGAUGCUCUCUGUCAACUUCUCCGAGUUUUCUCAACUGAAGGUCGUACAGAUACCAGUGUGUUUAGAGUAGCCAUGGUCUUAACUGAUGGGCGGUCUACAGUAUACGAUAACAACUGUAGCUAUUCAUCGGUUGCUGAAGCUGCGGCUGCUGUGAGGGCUGCCUCUCCACCUAUUAAUGUGUUUGCAAUUGGAGUCGGGAAAGAUGUUCGGAAUGAAGAUUUGGUAGCCAUUGCCAGUCAAGAACGGUAUAUUGUCCGUAUUGAUAACUUCUCACAGCUGCCAUGUGUUCAAAGUUAUCUAGAGGGACAAAUCUGCAACAUAACAACGACUGUACCAAGAAACACCGGUACCACCAACAAUGGUGAACUGGAUCGUGGGGAGUUAGUCCGAUGGAAAUUCACUAUUUCUGAAUGUGGCAUGUCAUUUAAUCUCACUGUACAAGAAGGAGAAGUCGUUUUGUACGCGUCAACAGAAAUCACAGUGCCAAAUGAGGCCAUUUAUCAGUGGAGAAUUGAAGUUUCAGCCACAUCCAAUUCUUUUAAGGUCAUAAACAUUAUUCCUGCAUUGGAGGACAAUGCUGUCAACUGCAGUUCUGUUACUAAUGUCACUGUGUUUACAACUAUUGUCGGUAUAAACGUUACCAACAUGUUCACUGUAUCUACCAAUGCCCCACAGACUCAGUGUCCUCCUCUACCGGCCAUUCUCAAUGGAUUCAUCACCUACGCUCCUGACAACACACCUGACUAUGAUCUGGGAACUGUGGCUACUUACGCCUGUGACAUUGGGUUUGUUCUAGACCUCUCCCUAGGAGGAUCUGAGAUUAAAACUUGUGCGGACAAUAAUAGACUGGAUACUAUUGGAGCGUUUGAUAACCUUAACCAAACUCUAAGAUGUACCCCCAUUGAGUGCCCUCCUCUACUGGACAUUCCUAAUGGUACGAUCUCCUACUCUCCUGACGUCAGCCCUAAUUUUGAUCUGGGAACUAAUGCAACCUACACUUGUGACGAUGGAUUCUAUAUCAUGGAUGUCACUGAGGCACGAGUUUGUAUGGAUGAAAAUGCUAUGGGAGUGUGGAGUGGUCAGAAGCCUCUUUGUAUCGCUGGCUGUGUAGCGGGUAUACACCAGGAUCAUUCUUGGCCCAACACGGCACUAGGGUCUAUUGCGCUGUCUCCUUGUCCAUGUGCUGAAAUGGGUGUGUUUGCAGGGAAUGUCAGCAGACAGUGCUCUGGGUCAAUCAGUGAGGGAGGUAUGUGGAAGGAUGAGCUUGACCUCAGCAGCUGUGAGACUACACUUUCAGACAUAUCCCAGGAAUUGUGUGAGAUUACACUAGCACUCUCAUCAAAUACAACAACAACAACUCAAGCAUCCAAUCAGAUUGCCAAUAUCACAUCUAAGCCACAAAAUCUGACUACAAAUCAAAUCGCCAUGGUUACUUCAAUAGUAGAGCAACUAACAGGAGAAGCUACUGUCAACCAAGAGGUGAGGGACAACUAUCUUCAAACAAUCAACAAUAUUCAGCUAGCCGAUGCUGAAGCCAUCUAUCAGAGCCAGUUGGCAAUGAAUUCAUCAAUAAGGAUUCUUGCAAGCCUCAAUUCAUUUCUGGACAAUCUCAAUAUUUCAACUGUUUCCAGAAACUCCACAAGCAAUCGGACUGUUUUCAGUUUCGAAACAUUUGCUAUCACAGUGCAAGAUGUAUACCCUGACAGUUUCCAGGGCCAGACAUUUGUUGUUGAUUUAGGACCUGUCGAAGAGGCAAUUAACAAUACUGGCGUUAUCGACCAAGAUGCUCUGAUGAAAUUUAAUGGUGGUAAAGGUAAUACAGCUGAUAACAGAUCAGACAACAAAAACUCAACAGCUUCUCUCCAUUUAAGCCCAUCAAUUCUUGAGGAUUGCCCAGCAACAAAUCGUACCUCGCUUACGCAGAGAUUAAGUUACUCUGUUUUCUUGUCUGGUGUGCUUUUCCUUCCUGAGAACAGAAGUACUAAUCAGGUGGGAUCUAUCGUGGUAGCUGCAAGACUAGCUUGUCUGCAGACCAACAAGACAGUACCAGUACGGACAAGCUUUCUGAUCAGGACGAUGGAUAAUAUCAACAGCAGCAGUUGUGCUGUGUUUAACACUCAAGAUCGGUUUGGAGCUUGGGACACUGCUGGAUGUAAAGAGAUAGCCAGUUCCAAUGGGAGAAAAGAUUGCGAAUGCAGACAAUUGGGCCAUUUUGGAAUACUAUUUGAUUUGAAUCCAACUUCAUUGCCUGAAAAUCUUGCAAUUGCUUUGAGCACCAUCACAUACAUUGGCCUGGGCUUGUCUGUAGUUUGUCUUCUGGUGUUCAUGUUUACCAUUUUUAUCAGCAAGAAGCUACUCGCUGAUAAGCAGAACCAAAUUCUCAUCAACAUGAGUAUUUCACUGAUAUGUCUGUACUUCACCUUCCUCAUUGGAGGGUUCACUGUUGGUGUCCCACCUCUCUGUGGAUUCGUGUCUGCCCUCCUGCAGUACUUCUUCCUAGUGUUUUUCUCCUGGAUGGCUGUAGAAGCUGUCUGGCUCUAUAUCAAACUGGUAGUGGUAAUGGGAUCUGAUUCCCUCACAUCCAAGUUCAUGCUGAAGGCUGGGCUCCCAGCUUGGUUACUCCCCUUCGUGAUUGUAGCCAUAAGUGCGGGGGCAGGCCACCAGCACUACAACAAUCCAUACUACUGUCGUCCUACUGAAUGGCCUUUCUAUUUUGGAUUCAUUCUUCCUUUUGUCAUCAUCUACGUACUCAACUGGAUUGUGUUUGUUGCCAUCAUGGUGUCCAUUUGCAAGCAUUAUGUCAACGGAAACCUCUCACCACUAAAAGAGAGCUCCCAAAGUGAACAGUUCAGCAAUUUUAAGAAGAACUUGACUAUUGCAAUGUGCCUAUCGGUUGUACUUGGCCUGGGUUGGGGCCUUGGACUAGCAUCAACAAGCUCUGGUCUGGUGGAGCUGUCAUUUCCGUUCCAAGUGAUAUUCUCGAUCUUUGUGGGCUCUCAAGGUGUGCUUAUCUUCUUUUUUUAUGGCCUUCGAAGUACUGAUUUUUGCCAGACAUGGAUAAAACUCUUUAAUUGCUCUAAAUCUAACACUGAUAACUUUGUGUCUUUUGAGAAAGGAAGUACUACUCAACGUACGGUUUCUGGCACUGCAGUAGAGGAGUUAUCGAGCAUGUCAAACACAUUGCCGAGAAAACAGUACGCCCAACACAACGAAGAAAAAGAACUAUAGGAACACGAGAUAAAACAAUAGUUGUAUCACUUAUACUUGUUUAUUCCUAUCCUUUUAUGUGUAUAAUCCGAUUGUGAAUGUUGA